GUUCGCGAUCAAUGGGUCAGUCGUAGAAGGUCGGACGCGGGUGAUCGUACGCUGGCGCUUGAAGUCUAUGGUUGUUCUUGUUUCUGGUCCGUGCGGUGUUUUUCGAGGGUUUUCGUGGGAUCGACGAGACAGGAAUUGUGAUAGAGGAUGCGAAUGGGAAAAGGAAUAUUGAAAAUCGGAGUGUGAUCGACGUUCGGAUAAUAGCAAUUUUACGUAAUUCCAUAAUAUUGACUCGUCCUUCCCCUGUGUUGACUGAUCGGAGUGUCUUAACUCGAUGACGGCGUACUUACGUUGAUUUAUACACAGUGUCUAGUGGAUUCAAACAAUCAUGUUGAAUCUGUUGGGAAAUAUUCGAGACAAAGUUUCAAGAUUCUAUUUAAGAAAUCGAAGGUAAGCACGUAAAUAGACUGGAAACAUAAACACAGCUCGUAGACUUGUUGCUGUCAGUGGCUCAAGUUGUCAGGCUCUGAAUGUUUGCAUACGACAAGAUAAUGGGAACAUAUUCGUUGGCAAAUUAGGACAGAACUGGCGCCGAUGAGACAGUCGGAUUUUAAAUGUGAACGAUAUAUUACCCUCCCACGUUGCCGGCAAACAACAUAUGAAUCUUUUAGUGUUCACGAUGUGUCGAGUUACGACGUGACUGGUGCUCGACGUCGAGUGGAGACCAACGAGAUGAUUCAUAAGGCUGAGAACGGCAAUCGUCGUCCAGACGAACCGACGACCGACGAUCAGUCGGAGGACGAGCGAACCGUUUACUUGAUCGAGUUCGAGUCGGAGUCUAACGAGAAAGAGAAUAGCCUACAAAACAAAGGGAAGGACGGACAUACCGUUAACGAUGAUGAUCAGAACCCGCUGGACCCAUGGUCAAUUGUUUGGUACAUCGGUUCGUUCGGAGGUCUGGUAGCGUUCUUCCUCAUCGUGAGUUGCUCGGAGUGGUGUUGCCGUCGGGGUGGACGUCCGUUGACGGUGCCAUACGCCCAACGGACAGACCCGAUCAACGGCAGCCAAGUGGUCACCGAGACACCGCCGCCGCCGUAUCAUUUGUUCGCACCGCCGCCCUACGACUCCGUCAAUUACGGAGAGAUCGUUGACAAGGCUUCCGGUGAGAAGCUGGACAUCUACGUAAUCUCGGUGCCGAUUCACAGGCCGGUCGUUCAAGUUCCAGCCUAGAAGACCGCCACGGAAACGUCCUCGAGAUGAGGACUCGGACGAGUCGCUUAUCGAAUACGACACCGACUGUGUCGGAAUCCGUUGACGGUCGUUCACUGAUCCGCGGGUGAACGACUUCAAAAUGAGAACGGGAGUGACCGAUACGUACUGUCCCCGACCCGAAGAGAAUCCCUCCCCGGAUGUUCCCUGGAAACUGGGUCGAGGUUGAGACACCGUUUUUGACAAUCGUCUGUCCCGGUCUGGAUGAGGAUCAUCAUUGUAUCACGGAUUCGGGAGAGCGUAAGACGAGCAACCGUGAUGUUUUUCUUUUUAAACGCAGAGGAGACGCCGGAUUUCGGUGCCUGACCGAUUUUAGGCGGGUUUUAACGAGAGAAUGAACGGGGUUCUUGAUGGUACAAGCAAACGGAGCUGUUUAAUAUUUCCCCGGCGCGGACCGAGCGCUUGGAGAACGACAAAAAGCUUCGAAUCUCGAAGAUUUUGGGAUGAUUUCGGGGAGAUCAGGAACAUGUGAUUCGAAAGACGAAAGGUGUACCCGGGAAAGCGAUGGGAAACGAUAGAACGUUUUCCGCAAAUGCUGACGAUAGUGUGGAGGCGAGGAAUAGUGAGGAAAUCUCAUUGUACUCUAAUCAAUUCAGCUGGAAUCAUGAUGUCUGUGAUUGCGUGGGUAUGAGAAUCGAUCGAGCGAUUAGCAUGCAUUUCAAAAGGCUGGUACGCACUUCGAGGGUUCCGGUUAGAAAGCGAGGGAGACAUAAUAUGAUACCGUUGAGAAAUGAAAUGAAUUCAAAAUUCAAAUGUUUCGAGUAAUGGUACCAGUACGAAGUAACUAUAUGUUUUUCGUUUUUCGAUGAAAACCAAAAACAUAUGCUGCUAGGCGUAUGUAUAAAUUCGUUACACAGUAUUCCCUCGUUAACGGUCGCACAGAUCAAUAUUGAUCCCGUUAUACGUUAGAUGGACACGUGUCCCUCGUCUUUCUCUCCAGAAACGAAAAUUUAAGUCUCCCUCGUUACAAGUAUAUAUAUGUAUACAUGUACAUGUAUAUGUAUAUGUAUAUGUAUAUGUAUAAGUAUAUGUAUAUGCAUGUAUAUAUAUGUAUGUAUAUAUAUAUAUAUAUACCUCGGCAGGUACGAGUUGGUAACAUAUAACCAGAGGAUAUUGUAUUUAGCGCCUCAAUGUGUUCACGCGGAAUAUAUUUUGGCGGGGAUAUUAAGUAGACAUGAUAUUGCAGUACGUUGUAAAGAAGUAAUGUUAUCUAGUGCGUGCCAGGCUGAGUACUACUUUGUCGUAAAGACGUUACCAAGUAGGGGAGCUUUCGACUAGCAAGCUUUCGGAACCAUGGAAGAUCUGGCGUAUUCGUUUUCCACGUUGUCAUGUACCAACGUGAAGCUUCGAAGACUAGGAUCAUCCACGAGAUAUAGAAGCCAUGGAUUUCUUUUUAACGAAUUAAUCGUCCUAUCACUGCCCUGCCACGUGGAUUUCGAUAAUUCUAUCAUAUUCUCAUACAUUCUUCUCUAGCCUCUAAUUUAACACAAGAAACAACAAAGCAACGUACAAAUUGACCAUAACGGAAGAUCAAAGCAUCGAGAAAAUACCGAAUUCCUAUAAGUCACUGGCCGCGACGGCAACAGCGUCAUUCAGGCAUAUCCUUCGAACUGCCGCAAUGAAUACUGUAUUCGUUUAACGAUUCCGUAAUUCGUUUUACUCGACCGGGCACGUGUGCGAGAAGUUCGAAUAAUCGCCUAUAUUGCAGCACGCGAUUAACCUCAAUCACGACCGUUCCCAGCCCGGCAAUUGCUAGCGGCUAUACAUAGUGGCACGAGUCGAACGCUGUGAAAAGGAAUUUAACCAAAACGGGUUGCAAGAAUAACCGGAUCAUCAACGCGUGUCCCAAGAAUGCCACAGAUCGACUGACGUAAAAAUGUUUGUCACGAGAUGCAAUGUUGUUUUGUUUUAUAUUCGCACUUGAAAUAUUUCUGUGAUGAAGAAUAAGCGAGGUUGUACCUUUUAUUUGUCAUUGUUAUAUGCGGAAAACAUACAAGAUAUUAUUCUGUUUUUGUCGGCAUCUCUAAAUACAAUGUUAACAUGAAUGUUUCAAAGAAACGUGUAUUUUGAGUGAUUUGCGCAAGGAAAUAAAACGCAAAGUAUUUUUACAUAAAUAGCGUUUUGCAUUCUGGGCACGUUCCACGCGACCUAACCGAAUCAUGAACAUCAUGUCGCUAGCGUAUUUAAGAUGCGGCAUUGCAAUUGUCUGGGUUAUGUAAGUAAACGGGAGAUUGGUUGAAUAUACGUCGGUGUACUCUAGGAAUAGAAAAUCAUUUCUGUACGGUAGUAAUUCGAAAUUAUAUGAUCGAAGACGUAUUCUUUAUUGGAAACCAAUGAAUGCAUUUGUUUUUCGCGCAAGGCUUCGAGUAUCGCGACAAUAAUGUUUGAGAAUUCGAAGAUUCGUUGGAUGCGCGCGCGUUUAACUCGAGUCCCAACUUAACCAGACGCGGAAUUUUUAAACGCGAUUGUUUUCGGAAACGACGCCUCAAGCGAAAAACAUUUAUGUCUUAUUUUUCUAUUUUAUCUAUCUUCAAAUAAUCGAUGGUCACUGCGCGAUUUUUAUCUUGAAUUCUGGAACACUUCGUAUUUGUAUCGAGAUACGUUAGAAAUUAAAAUUCACGGAAGGAGGAAACGAUGCUUCAUUCUGAAACUUGAAAUAUUUCAGCGUUCGCUUUUAUUUAUGUAAAAGGUUAAAAAUACUUGAUUGAACAAAAUACUUUAAAUAUUUGUAAAGAAUAUUAACAACCACAGAAAAGAAAAGAAUGUGAGAAAUGUUUAAGACAAGUUGCGGUAUUACGUGAUCGUGAAUGAAAGAUACCUGCGAAUCUAGUUUAUUUAUAUUAUCGCAUUGAUCUCCACCAUUUAGUUUUAAUAAAUGAUUAGUGUUCAGAUAAACGAGAGAAACGAAUUCGUAUGGGUGAGAGAAUAAAUUGUAUGUCGAAUGAUAGAGAAAUUUAUUGUAAGAUUAAGUACAAUGUCAAUUAUUCUUAUUAUGAUUACUGUUAUUGUCAUCGUUUGUCACUAGUGAAGUUAUUAUUAUCGAAUUCGUGAUCGCGUUCCCGGCGAUAAUGGGGAUACGUUACGAUGGAUUCGCUCUCAUUAAGACUUGCAGAAUCGCAGCGUCGUUGCUAUUUAUUUUUUAUACUUUUAUACAUACUGUUUAUACGUAUUCAAAUCGUCUCUACGUUAUCAAUAAAAUUUCUUUUCUCACAAAGACUAUUUUAAUUUGUAGAGAU